AUGUUAAGAUCUUCAGUGAAAUAUUCUGUUAGGCGCGUACAAUGUGCUGCUAAAGGCUCUCUGUCACUUAGUGUUGCUACUCCCGCUUCUAUUAAGGUUGCUUGUCGAUCCAUUCAAACAUUCGCCGGAUCUUCUGGUAUCACUUCUUACCUUAUUAGACCAUCCAUUGUCAGUUCCCAUACCAGCAGGCCUAAUUUUUUGUCCUCACAGCUCUUUGCUAGAGGCAAGGCUACUGUUAUUAAGGUGCCCGAGAUGGCUGAGUCGAUUACUGAAGGUACCUUGGCAUCAUUUUCCAAAAAUGUUGGCGAUUAUGUUGCUCAGGAUGAAUUGUUAGCAACCAUCGAGACCGAUAAAAUUGAUGUUGAAGUUAAUGCUCCUGUUGGUGGUAUUGUGACCGAGUUAUUGGCCAAUCCAGGGGAGGAUGUUAGUGUUGGCCAAGAUUUGGCUAAGAUCGAGCCUGGAGAAGCACCAGAAGCUCCAAGAAUUACCUCGCCUUUCGGAAAAUUCUCUAGAGGCGAAGAAAAAAUCAAGAUGAACAGAAUGAGAAAGAGAAUUGCAGAGAGAUUAAAAGAAGCACAGAACUCCGCUGCAUCGUUGACCACAUUCAAUGAAGUGGAUAUGUCUUCCGUCAUGGAGAUGAGAAAGUUGUACAAGGACGAAUUCAUAAAGAAGACAGGCAUUAAGAUGGGAUUUAUGGGUCCUUUUUCUAAAGCAUGUACAUUGGCAGCAAAAGACUACCCAGCCGUUGGUGCUGCUAUAGAAAACAACGACACUAUGGUUUACAGAGAUUACAUGGAUAUUUCCAUAGCAGUGUCUACUCCUAAAGGUUUGGUGACUCCGGUUAUAAGAAAUGCAGAAUCUUUAUCUGUCUUAGACAUUGAGGCUGAAAUUGUUAAGCUCAGCCAUAAGGCCAGAGACGGAAAGCUUUCUUUGGAGGACUUGGCUGGUGGUACUUUUACCAUCUCCAAUGGUGGUAUUUUCGGUUCUUUGUAUGGUACUCCUAUUAUCAACUCUCCGCAGACUGCUGUCCUUGGCUUGCAUGGUAUCAAACAGAGACCUGUCACCGUUAACGGAAAUAUUGAGUCGAGGCCAAUGAUGUACAUUGCUUUGACCUACGACCAUAGAAUGUUGGAUGGUAGAGAAGCUGUCAGCUUCUUAAGGACCGUCAAGGAGUUAAUGGAGGACCCAAGAAAGAUGCUUUUGAUGUGA